CACGAGCUUUCACCCCAAUACUUCGCCAAGUUAACCCUCUCGUUAACGUGGUGUCGAUGAUUUUCGGGAAAAUCGGGUAGUUCACCCGUGUCUUUCUAUCGUGCAUGGGUGACAGACACUGCUGAACUCGAUUGUUAUGGUUAUCUCAUGUUGGAAUUGGAAGUUUUCCCCGAGAGGUCCCUGGGGUGUGAGUCAUGGGAAUUCGUUCUCGGAAUGCAUCUGUCAGCAGCAAUAUCCAUCAUUCACCAUCAGGUGGAAGUUCUAAAAGGAGUAGAAUUGCUGUACAGUGAUCAGAAUCCACUUGAAGUUGAUAUCAUCAUACGACUCUCCAAUGAUGGUAUCAAACUAAUAUUUGACUCAAGAUGUCAGAGGCUGAAGGUGAUAGAGGUUUAUAGUAUGAAGAAGCUGAAGCUCAAAUAUAGUGGAAUGUCCUUCAAUACCCCAGAGAUCUCACCCACCAUUGAACAGAUUGACCAAUCUUUUGGUGCCACUCACCCUGGGGUAUAUGAUGCUGAGAAGCAGUUGUACAGUCUCCACUUCCGAGGGCUGUCUUUCUAUUUCCCCGUGGAAGCAAAGUAUCAGCCCCAGUAUGCCCAUGGCUUGGGAUCAUUCCAGUUCCCAAAUGGAGCAUCUCCUCAUGUUUCCAAGAUGCGUAUUUAUAGUGGAGAUGAUACCAAUGAUGUGGAAGCACCUCUGUCACCUUUAUGUUGUUACCAUAAUCAUGUGUACCUGGAACAACUUGAAGUAAUUCGAGAAAAUCACCUAACUCAUGGAGUUCGACUCAAAGUGUCAUGUGAAGGAACUCAGAAAGUGAUGGAUUUGAAGAAGCAGAUGCUUGGACAUGACAUAAGAUUUGGUGAGUCAUGCCAAGAUGUAUGCAGCAAAAUUGGUUCUCCUCAGCGAAUCUACUACAAAGCUGAGGACAAGAUGCGCAUACAUAGUUGCAGUGCUUUCAAGACUCAAGCAAUGAAGUCUGAUUACUUCUUCAACUACUUCACUUUGGGUCUGGACAUCCUGUUUGAUGCUGACACAGAUACUGUGAAGAAAUUUGUUUUGCACACCAAUUACCCAGGGCAUUAUGACUUCAAUAUGUAUCAUCGCUGUGAAUUUGUCCUGGUUGUGAUGCCUAACAAGUGCCUUGCUCCUAACUCCUCCCCCUCUGCUUCUUCAUCCUCUUCCUCUACUCAGACUCAAAUCAUGUCACAAGAAGAAGGUCUCAAGAUCACUGCCUUAAGUAAAUGGGAUGAAAUUGCCCACCUGCUGAAGCCUAGUCAGAGACCGGUGGUACUCAAUAGGACUUCUACCACCAACACUACCAAUCCCUUUGGAUCCACCUUCUGCUAUGGAUUUGAGGAUAUUAUUUUUGAGGUUAUGCCCAAUGGACACUUGGCUGCAGUAACAUUAUACCAGGUAUGAUAAUGAUUUUUCUGGUUCAUCCAUAUGGAAGAAAUGCACCAGAAAUGUACCAGCAUGUGAUAAUCAAGCAAAAAGUGAAAUACCUUUACCAUGACGGAG